AUGAGCUAAUAGAAAUAUCAUCAAGCAGGUUUAACUUAGUAAUCUUAAGGAAAAUUUUAAGAAGCUGUUAAUAGUUACAGUAAAGCUAUCGAAUUAGAUCCAUAAUACACAGAAGCAUAUUGUAAUAGAGGUGUUGCUUUAAAUUCUCUUAACCAAUAUUAAGAGGCUAUAAAAAACUAUAACAAAGCACUAGAGAUAAAUCCAAAUUACAAAUUAGCUUAUUAUAAUAAGGGUAUAUCUCUGCAAGCUUUAAAAUAAUUAUAAGAAGCUAUAAGUUGCUAUACUAAAGUUGUAGAAAUAGAUCCAAAUUACAAGUAGGCACACCUAAAUAAAGGACUAUGUUUUUUUAAUUUAAAUUAGUUUCAAGAGGCACUAAAUAAUUUCAAUAAGGCUUUACAAUGCGAUCCUAAAUAUUCAUUAGCUUGUUACAAUAUUGCACUUUCAUAUUAAAAAUUAGGUUAAUCACAAUAAGCAUUAACUUAUUAUGAUAAGGCAAUAAAUUUAGAUCCAAAUUACAAAAAUGCAUACUUAAAUAGAGGUCUGCUUUAUAUGAAUGAAGGACAAAAAUAGUAGGCUUUGUAAGAUUUCAGACAAAUAAUUGCAAUCGACCCUAAGUUUACUAAUGCUUACAUUAAUGUUGGAUUAACGCUCUAGCAGUUAGGGUAAAAUCAAGAAGCAAUUUAGCAUUAUGAUAAAGCAAUUUAGAUUGAUAAAAAUGCAUUUCUAGCUUAUUACAAUAAAGCCAUAUUAUGUAAAUAGUUAGGAAAGAAUUAGGAAGCUUUAAAUAAUUAUAACAAAGUCAUUGAAAUAAAUCCAAAUUACUCAAAUGCAUACUUGAAUAAAGGCAGCUUAUUUUUAUUUUCAGGUAAAUAUGAAGAAGCCAUUAAAAAUUAUGACAAAGUCAUUUAAUUAGAUCCUAAUCAUAAAUAAGUUUACUAUAAUAAGGGAAUUUCCCUAAAAGCAUUAGGUAGAUAUCAAGAAUCUAUUGAAAAUUACAAUAAAGCUAUCUAGUUAGACCCAAAUAAUUGCAAAAUAUAAAACAACAAGGGGUUAGCUUUAGAAGCGCUUGGUAAAAGCUAAGAUGCCUUAGAUUGCUAUAAUAAAGCAAUUUAAAUUGAUCCAUUUUUUACACUGUCAUAUGCAAAUAGAGCCUUAGUAAACUUUAAUUUAGGAAAUAAGGAUUAGGCUGUCGAAGACAUGAAAUAAGCAUCAAAGCUACUUGAAUAAGGCCAUUUAAAAGAUAUGAGUCAAUAAAAUAUUAACCAUAUAAAAAAUACUAUCUAAAAGCUUAAUGAAAUCGAAUAAUAAGGAAGUGAGAUACUUAAGAAAACAGAUUAAUUAUAAGGCAACCAAGAAGAAAAAGAAAAAGUCUAAAAAAUAGCUAAUGAUUUUGUUUCAUUGUUGAAAGAAAAAGCUAAGAAGCAAGCAAUUUAAGAUGUUGCAUAAAUUACAAGGGCAAGUGAAGAAAAAAACGAUAGCAACUCUUCUACUUAGUUUGAUAAUUCUUCCAUUUAAAAUUCAAGUUUUAGCUUCUACAGCGAUCAAUUAAAAGAUUUACAGUCGUAGUUUAAUGACUAAAAUUAAUAAAAUUUAAAUUAGAUUUAUUAAUUUUUCGAAUAGAAGUAUGCUCUUUUGCAAUAAGAUUUAGCAAAUGUCAAAAACACUUAGCAAUUCCAGCAAGCAGAAGUUAAUACUCUAUGGAAUAAUGUUUAUUUAAUUAAUAGAGAUAUGUAAGAUGCAGGAGUUUAAGAAAAAGCUCGUUUAAAUAGAGAAUUGAUUGAGCUUUAAAAAAUGGGCAAAGAAUUUUUUAACUACUAUAAAACUUUCUAUUGGACAUCUUUAAAUAUGUUUUAAACUUAUCGAAUUAUUUCUUCAGGAUUGAUCUAAGUAAACUAUAAAAAAUCUUCUGCUAGCUCAAUACUAGAUAGCAACCAGGGUAUUGUGUAAGAUGGCUUAAAAGCCGGGUUGAAAGUAGGAUUAGAUAUAUGCAGAGAUGUAGUAAAAGCUGUCCCAAUAAUAGGAAAUAUUUUUGGUGCUCUUGACAGCAUUGUAGACAAAAUUUUUAAUGCCUAUUCGCUUUACAAAGAAAAAAAACAAGAAGCCUAAUUCGAUAAUAAGGUUAAACAAAUAAAUUUGAUAAUCUAGUAAAAAUUUGGUUCAGAAGAAGAAAUUUCUAUAAAACUUGCACAAGCAGCAUUAGAACUAACCAAACACAGGAAAAACUCUAUUAUAUAUCCAGAGGUUGAAACUCACUAAACGUCAUUUGGUUCUUAAAUUAUAAAUGAGCUAACAAAAAUAAAUGAUUCUUUCUUUGACAAAAAAGAGUUGGAAAACAAAAAUAGUGUUGCAGUGUAGUUAGCUUUGAGAGAUGUAACUCUCCUAAUAUCUUACAUGUGUUGCUACAGCUCUUAAAUAGUUUAAGUGGAGUAUGAUAUCUCUAAGAUAUUCGUAGAUUUGGUAGAAUAAAGAAGAGUAGACUAGCUAUUAAACAUACCAUACCCUAAUAAGAAUGAAAAUACCUCUAAAUAAUCUGCUUGUUGCUAGAUUUUUUGA